AAAACAGAUAUGCACUUCGAUAGUGACUAUCGGAUGAAACAGGAUGCACCGCAGCAAGGCUACGUUUCGAGAGUUCAUGGUCGCAGCUGUUGCAAGCCUCUCCGGCGUCGCCAUGGGUUUGGCGCUCGGGUGGCCAUCGCCAAUGUUCCGUAAGCUGACGGAGGUCAACCUGGAAGACAAUCCCGUUGGUUACGUUAUCGAGGAAUCCGAGCAAUCCUGGAUCAAUUCGGUACUGGCAAUUGGUGGAUUCUUCGGGCCAUUUUUAGCGGGAUACAUUGCGGAUCGGGCAGGACGAAAGAUCGCUCAUUUACUCAGUAGUGUUAUCCACAUUGUUGGCUGGAUAAUGCUGCUGACGGCGAAUAAUGUGGCACUCAUGAUCGCCGCCCGUUUCGUGCUGGGAUUCGGAAACGGAUACAUCCUGAUCACGCUGACUAUAUACGUUGGUGAAAUCGCUAGCGACAAGUACCGAGGAAUUCUUGGAUCAUUUCUGCAGAUUGGUCAAACUGUUGGUAUUCUGUACGUUUACUGUAUUGGUCCGUACGUUCCGUACUCCUCAUUCCAGUGGAUCUGUUGUGCGGUUCCGAUCGCGUUCGCCCUCGGUUUUAUCUACAUGCCGGAGACUCCUCACUAUUUCGCGUCGAAAGGCCUAUUCAAUAAGGCUACCGAAUCGUUGAUGUAUCUUCGGGACGCUACAGCAGAAGAAGUCCAACCGGAUCUUGAAUGCGUCAAGCAGUACCUUCAUCAAGAACAGGAACAGCAAAAGUCUAAUGCAUUACGGAAGCUCUUCACACAGCGGUCGAACCAGAAAGCUAUCUUCAUAAGCUUCUGUUUGUUAUCGUUCCAACAGUGGACAGGAAUCGACUGUAUUCUGUCUAACAGCGAGUUAAUCUUUGAUAAGGCUCGUAUAUCACUUUCCGCAGAUAUCUCCACUAUCAUCAUUGGAGUCGUCCAGGUCGUUUGCUGUCUUAUCACUUUGCUAUUCGUAGAUCGCGUUGGCCGAAAACCGGUUCUGAUGUGGUCCUCGUUGGGACUCACCGUAUCACUCGGUUUGCUCGGAGCAUAUUUCCUGCUGGAACCGAUGGGUGUUCCAUCGCAGCACAUUAGCUGGAUUCCGCUAACCGGAAUGAUCGCAUUCAUUGCCAUCUACAAUUUUGGCUUCGGUCCGGUUCCCUGGGCUAUUGCCGCGGAGAUUUUUGCGUACGACUUGAAACCUCUAGGCAACACGAUUAACGUGUCCGUAACGUGGGUGUUGGAUUUCCUGGCGUUACGAUUCUUUCUGUUGAUCAGCGAGGCUUGGGGGUUCCAGUGGGCGUUCUGGAUAUUUGCGAUCGUUUGUGCUGCGGCAUUCAGCUUCACGCUGAUUUUCGUCGUGGAAACCAAGGGAUUAAGCCUGCAGGAGAUUCAGGAACGACUCGGCGAACCAUCGAAGAGAAAGGGUAAGUCAUCAGGUGUUAGCAAUAAAGGCGGGAUUUAGUAAUCAUUAUCAA